AUGACUUCUUCUUCCUCUUCAUCUCCUACUCUAAUGAAGUAUCAUGUUUUCUUGAGCUUCAGAGGUGAAGACACGCGCCUUAAUUUCACCACUCACUUACUUCAAGCUUUGAAAAGCAAGGGACUUGAUGUUUUCUUCGAUGAAGAAAAACUGGAAAGGGGGGAGCAGCUUGCACCAGCACUUUCUCGAGCAAUUGCAGUGUCAAAUAUGUCAAUCAUCGUUUUGUCUGAAGACUACGCCUCUUCGAAAUCAUGCUUGGCUGAACUCUCUGACAUCAUGGACCGCUAUCGCACCAAACAACAAAUUGUUCUUCCCAUCUUUUACCAUGUUAAACCCUCUGAUGUGGAGAAUCUUGGUGGGAGUUUUAAGACACCCUUUGACAAGCAUGAAAUAAGGAGGUCAGUUGAUGAAGUGAAACGAUGGAAAACUGCUUUUGCUGAAGUUGGUAAAUUAAAAGGGUGGCAUAUAGAUGGAAGCAUCUCGGAUAGACUUGAAACCACGCACAUCAAGGGUAUUGUUGUGCAUGUUAUGCAAAAGUUGAUGAAGCAUCAAGUUUUUGUAAGCUUAGGUGAAGAUACACGCCUCAACUUCUCCAAUCACCUAGUCAAUGCUUUGGAAAAAGUAGGAAUUAAUGUCUUCCCCGAUAACGAAACCCUGGAAAAAGGAGAGAAACUUCCACUAGCAUAUUCUCGAGCAAUUUCGGCCUCAAAUCUCUCAAUCCUCGUUUUAUCUAAAGACUAUGCUUCUUCAAAAUCAUGCUUAGCUGAACUUUCUGCCAUCAUGUAUUGCAAGCGUGAGCCCACUGAUAAACAUAUUGUUCUUCUCAUCUUUUACCAUGUUGAUCCUUCCGAUGUGCGAAAUAUUGGUGGGACUUUUGAAGCAUCCUUUAAAAAGCAUAAAUCAGAGCAACCAGCUAAAAGAGUACAACAAUGGAAUCUACUUUUGCAGAGACCUGAUACCGAGUACAUUAAAGAUGUGGUUGAAUAUGUUAUAAAAAAGUUGGCGAAUAUUAAGUCUGGAAGUGCUUCUGAAGAAUUGGUUGGAAUAGAAUAUCAGAAAAAGACGAUUUUGGAGCUGAUUAAGAAAGAAGGCUGUCAUGUAUUAGGACUUUGGGGAAUGGGUGGUCAAGGCAAAACAACCCUUGCUGAGGCUGUAUAUAAAGAAAUCUCUUCAGAAUUUGAAAGUAGUUGGUUUCUUCAAAAUGUUAGGGAGAAAGUAGAAAAACAAGGGAAGGAAUCCUUACGAAAUGAACUUUUUUCGAAAUUAUUGAACUCAGAUGUUGAUAUUGGCACCCCCUCCGUAGGAUCCACUUUAACACAAGACAGGCUCAAGAAAAAGAAAGUACUUGUUGUCCUUGAUGAUGUUGAUAAGUCAGAUCAAAUAGAUUGUAUGGGUAUUGGGGAUUUUGGUUAUGGAAGUAAAACCAUUAUUACAUCUAGAAAUAGACAAGUGCUUGUGAGCGGAAGAGCUGACACGAUACAUUUGGUAAAGAAGUUAAAUGAGAAGGAUUCUCUUCAACUUUUUUCUACCUUUGUGUUUAAGCAGUCAAAUCCCGCAGUUGAUUUCCAAGAUCUAUCCCUUAGGUUUGUAAACUACACCCAAGGCAAUCCGCUUGCUCUUAAAGUUUUGGGUUCUGAUUUAUAUAAAAGGACCAUAAGGUAUUGGGAAAGUAAGGUGAAGAUGCUAAAGGACUGUCCCCCAGACAAACAAAUUUCAGAGGUUUUGAAAAGUAGUUAUGAUGGGCUAAGUCCGGUAGAGCAGAAUAUAUUUCUUGACAUUGCAUGCUUCUUUAAAGGGGAACCCAAAAAAACAACAAAACAUAUUCUAAGUGAUUGUUAUAAGGGUGCAGAGUGUGGAAUAAGCAAAUUGGUCGACAAGUGCCUGAUUAAUAUCUCAUUUUCUACUUAUGCUACAAAGAGCAAAGAGAGAUAUUCAUGGAUAAUUUCUAUGCAUGAUAUGCUUGAAGAGAUGGGAAAGGACAUUGCUUGUCAAGAGUCUACAACCCUUGGAAAGUGCAGUAGGCUAUGGAGUCCUAAACACGUGGAACAAGUGCUCACAUUUUAUCAAGGGACUGAUCAAAUUAAAGGAAUAACGUCAGACAUGUCACAUAUGGAUAAUCUACGGUUCCGGCACCCUCUUGUUUUUCAAAACAUGAUUAAUCUUAAAUAUAUCAUCCUCUAUUUUUCUUCGAAUCCGUUGUUGGAGGAACAUGGAUAUUAUAAGAAGUUGUUUACAUGCCAACUUGAUAUUCUAUUUCUUCCCGAUGAGCUAAGGUAUCUUCAAUGGGAUUAUUACCCCUUCACAUCUUUAUCAUCAAAUUUUAAUCCAAAGAACCUUGUCGUGUUGAAAUUGCCACAUGGAAACAUGAAACAACUUUGGAAUGAAGAUAAUCAUCAGGAUCUUGUUCAUUUACGAAAAAUUAACCUUUUUAAUUGCAAAAAUUUAAAGAAGAUCCCUAAUUUAUUAGGAGCCCUCAACCUGGAAAGACUUGACUGUGAGAAUUGCGAAAGUUUGGUUAAACUUCCUUCCCUCGCCCGUUUGACAUCACUUAAAACCCUUCGCAUUAAGGGAUGCCGUAGUCUCAAGAAGUUUCCGGAGAUCCCAAAUAACUUUUAUGAGUUAGAUUUAUCAGAAACCGGAAUAAAAAAGGUACCUGAUUUCAUUGAGCGUCUCGACAGACUUGAACGGUUGACCUUGACAAACUCAAUGGUAAAAGAUGUAUCAAGCAAUAUUUCAAAGUUGAAAUCCCUUAAAGUUCUAGAUCUUAGUGGUUGUCCAAUCGUCAGAUCCCCAGAAAUCCCAAGAAGCUUAACAGGAUUAUACCUAUCUGGAACUCAAAUUGAAGAAGUGGACUUGUCUUCCAACUCAGUGUCUUCCAACUCAAGGGCAAAAGAUGCAUCGAGUGAUGGUUGUCCAAUCGUCAAAUCUGUUGUUUCAAUAGGGUCGGAAGCGUGUAAAUUAUUGUACUAAAAAAUCACACAAAGUUCAAUUCCCAGGGAAGAGAGGUGGAUCACAAGGAUCUCUUAAAUACCAAGUCUUUCCUUAGUCAGAAUAUCCCUUUUAUAGUAAUUUAAUAGCACAAUUAAAUACUACUAUUAUACCCUCAAAUAUUGAAAGAAAAAUAGGACAAGAAAGAACACAAGAGUUUUAACGAGGUU